AUGGCUGGCUACUACGACGACGACGACGUUGAUAUCCACGUCCGCCACCGGGGCUACUCGCCACAGCCAAUUCGCUACGUUCAAAGUCCUCCGCGUCCGCGAGUCCAUUAUACCGUCCCGGCUGCGCCUGGCUAUCUCGUUCCGGAGCAGCACACAACUGUCGUUGCUCGCUCGCGUUCCCGCUCCCGCGAACGGCCUCGGCCCAGUCCCGCAAACCCAGUCUUUAUCAACAACAACAAGUUCUAUCGUGAACACUCCUCCGAUGACGACGAUGUCAGCGAGGGACGCCGCCGCCGCUCCCAACUCGUCCACCGCCGCCACCGCCACAGCUCUGACUCCCGCUCGCGUUCCCGGUCCCGCUCUCGCUCCCGCUCUCGUUCUCAUUCCCGCUCAUCCACAUACAAAACACGCCAGGAAUGGGAGGCCGAGCAGGCAUGCCGCGAGCUUGAGCAGCUUCGUCUCGUACAGUCCCGUGACAAAGAGGGCCAGCGAUUGGCCAAGGAGUAUCGUGAUGACGCUGAGCUGCAGCGCGCUAAGCGCGAGCUUGAUGACAUUAAAGGACGUGAAGCACGUACUGAGGAAGAGAAGCGAAUCAAGAAGGAGCUUGACCUGAAGCGACUGAGGGAAGAGGAAGAGGCAGCCCGAGAGAAGCGUCGUCGCGACAAAGAGGCGGCUGAAGCCGUCGAGCGCUACAAGCAGCAAGAAGCCGAUCGCAUCGCCUGCGAGAGGAAGAAAAAGGAAGAAUACGAAAAGGAGUACAAGCGUCGUCUUCAAGAGGAUCUUAUCAGGUCGGGUCUCGACGAAAAGGCCAUUUCCGCGAUUGUCAACAAGCAAAGGAUUCCAGAGUCACCCCCCGAGCCGGCUGCUCGCCCGACCUACACCCGCAUGGCACGUAGACACUUGUCCGUCGAGACCUUGCGAACAUUUCGCGUCGACUAUGACAUUGACUCUGACCCGGAGUACGUCUUGAUCAAGCGUUGGGUUCCCGAGUGGGAACAGGAUCAAUUCUGGAAGCAUACCCGAUAUAUUCGUGAAAAGCGCAGCGGUAGCACUUUGUUGAUCGAAGAAAAAAAGCACAAACAUCAUGAGCCCGAGUUUGAAUGGGUUCGCAAAAAGAACGACCGGAAGAGAAGCAAGUCUCCGGGUCUUCUCAUGUAUCUCGCAGGCGCUCGUCCCGCUUGA